UCUGAGUGGCUGUGGAUGUGUAAACUGUGAAAUUUUGCACUCCCAGUAAGCCCGUCCCCAUCCUGUACCCUAUUUCUAAAGCUCCAUGGACUGUGACAUGCUGUCAUGAAGCACAGAGCCCAGAGACCUGUGCUGGUGCAAUAGGACUAAAGCAAGCAAACAGUGCACUGUGGGCCUCCCAGUUGCCUUCUCCCAGGCUUGAGAACAAACACGGCCCCUGGCAUGUGGGGUGAGGCGGCCCUGCGGCAGGAGCCCACUCGGAGCUUGCUUCUGUGGCGAGGGCGCCUUGUGCUUCUACCCCGAGACAGCUUUUUGCCUGGGUUCAACCGGCGACUCCCCACACACACAAGAGCACUGUGAUGUGGCCCCACCAGGCAGCAGCGCUGUCCUUGGCAGUGUUCCUGGACUCCCUUUCUGCAUGUCCCCCGUGCUCCUAGUUACACUGUGCCGCUUGGGGGAAGUGCUCCCUCCUGCCUGCAAUCCAGCUUGGCCAGCUUCCCUUACAGCCAGAGGUGGGCAAGCUCAUUCCUCAGCAAGCAUGAUUUUAAGGACAAGGAUCUCAGGCCAAGGGUGUAUCACCCAGGACUCAGGCGUGCCCUGGAGGCAGUUCUCCUUGAAGAUUGUUCCCUCUGCAUCCACCCCCUGCCCCGCAGCCGGCCGGCCAGCCUGGGGCACCAGAGGUACGGACAAGCUCUCUAAACUACCACCGUUCGGCAUUUCCCGUCUGGACAGUGGCAACUCCAGGCGGCACCAUGCUGUCCAUGACGUACAGCGAGAGUCUGCGGAGUGUAAGCAGCAGAUGUCACUCAGACUGGGCCCUGCAUCCAGUCCGCCAGACAGACACGCUGGAGCUGCAGCGGCUGAGGGAAGUGCGGGCAGCCGCCCAGGCCAGGAACAUGGAGAGCUUCCUCCGCAUGCACGGCCUUUCCCUGGACGGCUGCACCGCGCAGCGCACAGGCAUGAAGUAUCGGAACCUGGGCAAAUCUGGCCUUCGGGUCUCCUGCCUGGGGCUUGGAACAUGGGUGACCUUCGGGGGCCAGAUCACCGAUGAGAUGGCAGAGCACCUCAUGACCCUGGCAUAUGACAAUGGCAUCAACCUGUUCGAUACCGCAGAGGUCUACGCUGCUGGCAAGGCUGAGGUGGUGUUGGGGAGCGUCAUUAAGAAGAAGGGAUGGAGACGGUCCAGCCUGGUCAUCACCACCAAGAUCUUCUGGGGUGGAAAAGCAGAGACGGAGAGAGGCCUUUCCCGGAAGCACAUUAUUGAAGGACUGAAGGCUUCCCUGGAGCGGCUGCAGCUGGACUACGUGGAUGUGGUCUUCGCCAACCGCCCAGACCCCAACACGCCCAUGGAAGGGGACCCAUUUAGUUCCUUCAAGUCAAGGACAUUCAUCAUUGAAGAGACCGUGCGGGCCAUGACCCACGUCAUCAACCAGGGGAUGGCCAUGUACUGGGGCACGUCACGCUGGAGCUCCAUGGAGAUCAUGGAGGCCUACUCGGUGGCUCGGCAGUUCAACCUGAUCCCACCCAUCUGUGAGCAGGCUGAAUACCACAUGUUCCAGAGAGAGAAGGUGGAGGUCCAGCUGCCAGAGCUGUUCCACAAGAUAGGAGUGGGCGCCAUGACCUGGUCCCCUCUGGCCUGUGGCAUUGUCUCAGGAAAGUAUGACAGUGGCAUCCCGCCCUACUCCAGAGCCUCCCUGAAGGGCUACCAGUGGCUGAAGGACAAGAUCCUAAGUGAGGAGGGCCGGCGCCAGCAGGCCAAGCUGAAGGAACUGCAGGCCAUCGCCGAGCGCCUAGGCUGCACCCUCCCCCAGCUGGCCAUAGCCUGGUGCCUGAGGAACGAGGGCGUCAGCUCUGUGCUUCUGGGUGCUUCCAGUGCAGAGCAACUUAUGGAGAACAUUGGCGCAAUACAGGUCCUUCCAAAAUUGUCGUCUUCCAUCAUCCACGAGAUCGAUAGCAUUCUGGGCAAUAAACCCUACAGCAAAAAGGACUAUAGAUCCUAAGUCGCCCCCACCACCCGCUCGGACAGUUUCCGGUCCCCUCCUCGUCUCUGUUCGCUCGCUUCUGCUGUUUCAAAGCCAAAUGCAGAAUGUGGUUUGUAUCCAAGGGAAAACACUAUGCCCAGACAUUACCAGGAAAUGAUCUCCAAAGUCACCGCCAGAUGCCACCUGCUGCUGCUUCUUCACUGGAUGCUGUCUGAUGGGUGCCAGGAGAUGGCAUCGAUUAGGGAAGACACUCAGAGGCUCCCACCCAAGCCUACCACCUCUGCUUAUCUUUCAAAAAGGAACAUUUGCCCCCAGCCAUGGCCCUUGAUGGAGAUCCCAGAAGUCAUGGCCGAGUGGAAAUAUAAUCCUCAGAGAAGGCAGGGCUGGCCUCUCUGCCAAGAACCCCUGCCUCCAAAGAGGGGUCUGCCACUUCCUAGCACCCCUUCUUCUGCCAGAUCCUGGUGGUUAGGGCAGGGUCUCCCUCUUUCCUGGACAUCAGGCACUUUGUUCAAGGCUGGCCUGGGGUCACGCUCUUUCCAGGCCUUGACCUUCCCCCUCAUGCGCAGUGGGCCUUGGCUGGGAUUAUACUGACCUAGCUGGCUCUUGGCCUCCACCCUUACCCUUGCUGGCAGGGGCAGGGAUCCCAUCUGGCUUUCCCAGCAUCUUCCACCCUGCAUACAACUGCUGAGCCCCACAGCAGGGAAGCCCAGUAGGCUUGGGUGGAGCCCAUUGGAGAGUGCCCCUCUGUGGAGACCUGCAGACUAGCGUGGUACCUAGCCACACCACAGGCAGGUAGCAGCAGACUGGGCCCAGGCUCAUAAACCCAUACUCCUCUCAGAGCUUCCUCGAAUGAAUACCUCUGUUGUACUGGAUCAGUGGGCUUGUGACUUGGGCUCUGCCUGGAAAGGGCAUGGUGGAGCUUUUCAGUGAGCCAACUCCCUGGGGUUUCUGUUGCUGCAAGCUAAGGGACUGUGGGAACAGAACCCCAGUAACAGUUCCCAGGUUGUAAGAAAAGAUCCCCGGGGACCUCUUCCUGAAAAGAUGGCCAGGACUACUCAUCCCCUGCUGCAUGCCGCCAUGCUGGCCUAGGACAGGCUGCAGAGAGGGAGAAAGGGCAGGAUACGCAGCCUCUUAGCAGUGGGAGCGAGACAGGUGAUACAGGUGAUACCAGGAAGCCUACAGGUUUGAGCAGUGCAAAUCCUGUGAUGCUUUGGGGACAGGGUCCUACCCAUGUGCAGCUCCCUAGACUAAAGCCUCCUGCCCCGACAGGCAGUGGCCAGUCCCCAGGCAUACAUCCUAGGUCACAGAACCCAGCUUCUGAAGUGUAGCUGCUGUUCCAAGUCUCCUUCCUGCUGCUCUUCACCAUCUAUUGUCCAGCCAGAGCUGGGCAGAGGCUGAGGCAGGGUGGGCAGCUUCCUGUCUCUCAGACACCCCCACCACAGACCCUGGGCUCUCAGACCUUCACCACUUCUCGUAGCCCCAAGCCCUGAGACCUCAGAAGCAGCCCUGUGGGUGGGGAUGGAAGCCUUUAUGCUCUGGCACCUCCAUGCCCAGCUAGAGGAGCCCUGCUUUCAGGACAGGGCCCUGCAAUGGCCCAGCAGGAAGUAGCCAGCCCUGUCCACACAGCUGGCCUAGGCCUGCUUGCUAUGUGGACCAGGCAUGCAGGGGCACCCACAGCGGGAGUUGCUACUACCCAUGGCCAGACCUCAGAGCAAAGCCCCUGCUGGGUGUGUGCAAGAGACAUGAAGACAGGCUGCAGGGUAAAUUGGGCUAAGACCCACAUGAGCCCUAGGUGCAGGCAAGUGUUUCUGAGAUGUUUUCUUCCUUACCCACUUUUGAGGAGUUGGGGCUUCGCUUAAGGGUAGGAUCAUCUGCCUCCAUGGAGGGGUUUGGAUAGGAGGGGCUUGGGGUACCACAGAAAACACAUUCAGGCAGCCCAUAAUGGGGAAGCUUGCUCCUGGCCCUUGAAGAGUCUAAGGCUAGCUCCUUCCUCCAUGGCCACAGAUCUCCCCUUCCUCCAGCCCCAGCUGCCUGCUGGUCAGCCCCAGCCAGCCUCCAACACCUUCUCACCUUGAAUCACAGCCAUCCGGGCCUGGUGCAGGAGGGGGCUGUCUGGGGGACCUGGCACAUGGAGCCCAGCUGUUGCUCAUCCCAGUCAUGUACAUAAUGUGCUUUUUCUCCCCAUUUUUUAAUGAGCGAGGCUCCUUGCUAAUUGCAUCCCACCAGGCCGACCGCAAGCGCCUCCAGCUUCCGGACAGACUCAGACGGAGGCGCAGCCCGUAUUUAUGGAAUGACAAAUAAAACCCGAGCCCUUCGGUCUCCA